GAAGCAGUGGAUCUGCACAGCGCCUCUACCGUCGCCCUCCCCUACAGUAUCUGUUUAAAUGAGUGUGUGUCACAGAACGGGCCGCUCUGUUAUGGAGGACUAACCGACUGAAAACACUGCACAGCGCCUCUUCUGCCUCGGACUGAGGGCUCUUCUAGGCCGGGAGGCUGUGGAACACGUCUGCUCCUCAUAUUUUCCCUCAUCCUGAUUUUGGAUCAUCGUGCUUCUAUGGGAUCGGAAGGCGCAUCGCUUGCUCACCGACAGGACGUGGGACUGCCUCCCUAAUAAUUAUUUAUCUCGGCCUUUUCUGCGUCGCAGCUUUGGGAGAAAACGUGAUUAAGCGACAGGGAACAGCGUGUUGAUCAUGGAUUGAUGCCCGAGUAAAUUCUCGUCUAAAAGGUUCCCAAUGUUGAACAUGUCCACCCCCAGUGAGCUGAAGUCUCCCUGCAUGACUCGCAAUGGUAUGGUGAAGUUGGCCCCCAGCCAGCCUAAUGGUCUGGGUAGUGCGAGUAUCACAAAGGGGACACCUGCUGCUAAGAACCGCCUAUGCCAGUCCUCCUCUGUACCAUCCAUUUUGCCUCCUCCACCGUCCUCUCUUCCCUACCAUCACCAUCUGCACCAUUUGGACAGCCCUGGGAUGCACCAUACAGCAGCACCUCUCCUGUCCUCUGACCUGGAGCCAGGGAAACCUCUGGUGGGCCUGAAGCCCUCUCUUCGUCAGCUUCCCCCUCUCACUUUGCCCAAACCUGUGCUGCUAGAGCGUCAGCUAGUCCUGGAUGAGAAGCUCCUUAACCGACUACUCUGGUACUUCACCACAGCAGAAAAAUGUGUGCUGGCGCAAGUAUGCAAGACAUGGCGCAAGGUGCUGUACCAGCCUAAGUUUUGGGAGGGUGUGACGCCCAUCUUGCAUGCCAAGGAGCUUUACAACAUACUAACCAAUGGGGAGAAGCUGUUUGUCAGCCUGCAGGCCUUUGCUCUGCGUGGCUUCCAGUCGUUCUGUUUAGUGGGGGUUUCGGACCUCGACAUCUGUGAGUUUAUUGACAACUACCCGCUGUCCAAGAAGGGGGUUCGUUCUCUCAGCCUCAAGAGGUCUACUAUCACAGAUGCUGGUUUAGAGGUCAUGUUGGAACAAAUGCAAGGCCUGAUGCACCUUGAGCUGUCAGGGUGCAACGACUUUACAGAAGCUGGCCUGUGGUCCAGUCUCAAUGCCAGGCUAACCUCCCUCAGCGUCAGUGACUGCAUCAAUGUGGCUGAUGACGCCAUCGCUGCUAUAUCCCAGCUCCUGCCCAACCUAUCGGAGCUGAGCCUGCAGGCCUACCACGUCACUGACACAGCCAUGGCCUAUUUCACAGCCAAACAGGGCUACACCACCCACACUCUACGGCUCCAGUCCUGCUGGGAGAUCACCAACCAUGGUGUGGUAAACAUGGUCCACAGCCUUCCCAACCUGACUGCUCUCAGCCUCUCGGGCUGCUCCAAGAUCACUGAUGAUGGUGUGGAGCUGGUGGCAGAGAACCUCCGAAAGCUACGCAUCCUGGACUUGUCAUGGUGCCCUCGGAUCACAGAUAUGGCCCUGGAAUACAUCGCCUGUGAUCUGCACAAGCUGGAGGAACUGGUGCUAGACAGGUGUGUGCGAAUCACUGACACAGGGCUGGGCUACUUGUCCACAAUGUCCUCACUAAGAAGCCUUUAUCUGCGCUGGUGCUGUCAGGUGCAAGAUUUUGGUCUGCAGCAUUUGUUUGGAAUGAGAAGUCUUCGUCUACUGUCUCUAGCAGGCUGUCCCCUGCUGACCACAACUGGGCUGUCAGGCCUCAUCCAGCUGCAGGAGCUGGAAGAACUGGAGUUGACCAACUGUCCCGGAGCCACUGCUGAGCUCUUCAAAUACUACGCCCAGCACCUCCCCCACUGCAUGGUCAUUGAAUAAGACCGCCAAACCCUCAUCAGACAGACUACCAUACUUAAAGCUUCAUCCUCCUCAGUCCCUCCUCAUUUUUUUCACACCAAGCUGUUUCUGCAUCAAUCCUCCUCUCCUGGCCCCACUCUUCACCCAUCUUUCCCCUCCGCCACCUGAACGGACUUCCUCGCUGGCAGAUUGAGAGGCAGGAAGGUACAUGAUGGGACAUGCCAUAUGCUGAGGACAAAGGCAUUCUGUCUGAGCUUCAUUUAAGAAGAUGCUGGAGUGAAGAACUUGGCGUGACAUCUUGUCUGAAAAAGUUUCUUUUUCACAAGCAACAGAAGGCUGUUAGUUCUGGAACAGAGCCUCUCUAUAGACUUGGAUGGAGUUUUUUUUAUUGUAAGAAUACAAAAGGGAGAGAGUGCUGACCCAGAUGGAACCAAGAGUUGGUUAAAGACUUUGUUUGAUGAAGAAGAUAAAGAUUUUUUUUAACAGUUUCAACUCUCACAUAAGCUCAUACACUGCAAACACAUUAAAAAGUAUACCGUAUGUAAGUGAAGCAAAUAUAACUCCUCAAGAUUAUGAGUACUGAUACCUCUCAUCUGUCCUUGUAAUAUACCUGCUGUUUCCUUUUUUUCUCACAAGGGAUCAAAGGUUUAGUUUUUCUCUUGUUUAGUUGAUGACUUUGCCGAAGGAGCAGGAACCAGAACCGACCAAGUAAAUACGGAUGGACCAUCUCGAUCUCUUUUUCUUCCUGCUUCUGUGUGAAGUGUGUGCGUCACUGACUCACAGCUUCCUAUCUUCGGGAUCACAUUUUCCCCCCAUUUAUGUGUCUUAACUGAAAUCCAAAAAAACCGACAAAACUAAUAGACAAAAAAGAAAUCAAGAAGAUCUGAAAAACAACUGUUUACAUCAGCUUUCUUUGGGGGGAGGGGUAGUUGCACGCUUGUUUGACUUUGGUUAUUGUAAUCAUUUGUGAACUCCUCUGUUUUUGUAUAAUGGUGACAUGGGGUUGUUGAGAUGGUGCAACAUGAUUGAGCAGUCAGUCACACGGAGAGCAGACUGUGCAGAGAGCAUUCGCUUGGAAAGUUUCUCCUAAAAGUAGAAGACUUUUUCCACUAACAAUGUCGUCUGUCGAGUCACACGACACAUUCAUUACAAACAGAUCCGUUUUGGGACAUUCAGUGACAUGUUGAUAUAUGUGCACUCCAGCUCCUUAACACUUUCAGUUACCAGGUGGUUUCAGUCGAAAAUGUUUUUCCCCAAACAUGAGGAUUAGGUUUUCAAUGGUUUUUUUUCCCACCUUUUUAUAAUUAGAACAAUGCCUGAUGAUAGUGUUAUUUUAGUGCAUUUGAACUUGUGUGGCUCUGACGCUUCAUGUGUGAUGCAGUUUGCAAUGCCAGAUUACUUCAGCAGCUAAAAUGAAGGUUCAGUGAGUUCAGUAUUAAAAAAACAGGCUCUUGGGAUUUACCUAAUACAACAAUCCCAUUCAUGGGGAUGUUACAACUUAUUCUAUGAACCACAUUCAGAGCUAAUUUGAAGAGGAACGUCUACUUUAGUCUAUAAAAUUGUAUAAAAAAUGAAGGUGACAAUGAACUUGUAUGGCAUACAUUUCUAUUUUGAUGAAGUUUGGGCCCGAUCUAUGAUUUUAGUAAACCUCCUGAUACUUAUUCAAGCUGAUUCCACUUUAGGUUUGAGAACUAUACUAUAAGAAGAUUAGAGAAAAUGGCUGAGGACAUUUUUUUCUCCUUCCUGUCAUGAGUGUUUGUAUUAAUUAACAACAGAGGAAACUUCACACUGAGCAUGUCAGCAAUAACCUAAAACAGGGUUUCACUAAUACUUUAAAAGAAAGACAAAGGUUACAGAAUGGACACUUUCCUGUCUGUAGCAUUUUUCAUCAGUACGGCUAAUGUGGCUAGCAUUACUUAAACAGAAUGUAGAUCGUUACCUGAAGUCCAAGAUUUCCAAAAUGCUGCCAACCUUUCCCAAUGCAGCAUGACAAAUGGAGGUUAUAAGCUACAAAAGGUAAAAAAAAAAAAAAAAACAACUUUACGGUAUUACCUUUGGCCUUCCUGUUAUCUGCCAAAAGAUUUGCUCUCUCUCUCGAUCCCUUGCAGCCUGAAUAGAUUUGAAACGGUUUCUCAUAUUUCUGUGCUUCCUCUUAAUGUCGUUUAAACACUUCACUAAUACAACAAAUACCUGAGCCUUCUUUACUCAGUAACAACAUUCAUAAUAAAGACAAAGGAGAUAUGAUGCAUUCACUGAUUGGAAAAGAUCAAAUUUUUGAAAUUAUAACCGGUUCAAAUACAGAUCAGGGCUAGUCAAGCUGAAAGUUAGCCAAUCCCAGUUAGCAGCCAGUUUUGCUGUGCACCUCUAGUUUCAGGCAGUUGCUGGAGCCUCCAACAGUCAGUUAAAAUGGUGCAUGAUUUGUUUUUGAUUCAUUAGACAGUAGUACCACCACAUAAUGGUGUUUUAAAGGGUUACGUGGUUGAUUUAAAUGAGACUGGUUAAUAGUAUCAUGUCUGGCAGGUGGGAAGUAAUCCUCACAAUACAGGUCCUUCUCAAAAUAUUAGCAUAUUGUGAUAAAGUUCAUUAUUUUCCAUAAUGUCAUGAUGAAAAUUUAACAUUCAUAUAUUUUAGAUUCAUUGCACACUAACUGAA